AUAUUCACUUUAGGGUUUGGACGCAUCUAAACUAGGAAGAUCAUGGCUAGAAGAAGCUCCGGAAGAAGCUCUGGAAGAUCUGCACCCCGUGCGGCUCCUCGUCAAGCACCAGCUCGUAAUCCCCCUGCACCAGCAAACCAUGCUCCUCCUCCAGCUCCUGUUCAAGGUGGCAGUGGCGGAUCCAUACUUGGAAGCAUUGGUUCAACCAUUGCUCAAGGCAUGGCUUUUGGUGGUGGAAGUGCUAUGGCACACAGGGCUGUAGAUGCUGUGCUAGGUCCUCGCACCAUUCAGCACGAAACUGUUGUAUCUGAAGCUGCUGCUGCCCCAGCACCCCACAUGAACAGUAUCGGUGGCUCUGAUGCUUGUGGUGUGCAUUCUAAGGCAUUCCAAGAUUGCCUGAAUAGCUCUGGCAAUGAUAUCAGCAAGUGUCAGUUCUAUAUGGAUAUGUUGUCCGAGUGCAAGAGGAACUCAGGUUCUAUGAUGAGUGCCUAA